UUUAUUUAAAGAGUGAAUGAGGACAGCGCAGUUUCUCUGCUGUGGAUACCGUUUGAAUCAAAUAUGUCUCACACUGUGACUCUCGCCGGUCCCUCGCCGUGGGGUUUUCGUCUGGUGGGUGGACGGGACUUCAGCACACCGCUCACCAUCUCAAAAAUAACACCUGCGAGUAAAGCAGCGUUGGGCAACUUGUGCCCUGGAGACACCAUCCUAGCCAUCAAUGGAGAAAGCACAGAGACCAUGACACACAUGGAGGCUCAGAACCGCAUUAAAGCCUGCACAGAUCAGCUUGUGUUGGCCAUCAGCAGAUCUGGAAAGGUUUGGUCUCCAAUUGGAUUAGAAGAAAACAAGACGAGUCCAUUCACCGGCACACUGGAGUCUGAGUCACAGACUUUUCGACCAAUCAGCAGUGGCUAUAGCCCCACUCCCAUGAGUCCGUCCCCCAAGAGUCCCAUCACAGGCGGUGUGUACAAUAACGGCAACUCCAGACCUACCUACAACAAUCCAGCUGGCCUGUAUUCACAAAAUAAUGGAAAUGGUGCCCUAACAAAGCAGAUGGCAGGCCUCAGCCUAGGCUCCCCCCACAGUUUCAGCCCUGAACUGCCAGUGAAUUCAUCAGGCAACCGCAACGGUUUCGACCCACAGUCAGAUGUCUACAGGAUGCUUCAGGAUCAUGAGGAACCUGUGUCAGCUCCCAAACAAUCUGGCUCCUUUAAAUACCUGCAGGAAAUCCUGGAAGCUGAGGAUGGGGGGACCUCACCGGUGGACAAACCUAGUGUCAGAGGCUUGCGUUCCCCUGUCAAAUCUCCCGUGCCAAAGCUGGGCAGCCCCAUAGCGGCUCCUCUGGCACCAAUCCCCGGUUUACAGAAGCUGCCGCAGUGCACACGCUGCGCAAACGGCAUUGUGGGAACCAUUGUGAAGGCCAGAGACAAGCUCUAUCACCCCGACUGCUUCGUGUGUGAUGACUGUGGGCUGAAUCUAAAGCAGAGAGGAUAUUUCUUCAUCGAUGAGAAUCUGUAUUGCGAGACGCACGCCAAAGCCCGAGUGCAGCCUCCGGAGGGGUACGACGUGGUGGCAGUGUAUCCCAACUCCAAAGUGGAACUGGUCUAACACACACACAAACACACACAGGUUCCCCUUGAGGAUUCAGCUUGGCGAAGUGGAAAUGAGAAUAACAAACUGAAAUAUCUUUUUCAGUCCCUGCUCAACUUUAUCCUGGACUCGCGUUCUGUAGUUUGUUAACCUGCAGUUACCCUCCUACUGAAAUCGAGCAGCACUUAUUUCUAGGUUAGAUGGCCUUACUAACAUUCGUACAGAGCAAUUCUAGUGUUGCUUUAAAUUUAAAACACAAGAUAGCAGAAUAGACAAAACAGCGUUCCAGAAGAACAUCUGUUCACCUAAAUUCCAGUGGCACACCAACGAUUUAUUUUUCUGAAAGCUGUGGUGAACUGAUAUGCUCAAAAAUGCCACGAAGAAUGUUUCGAGCCAUGUGGAAAAUGGAAAUGGUAUUCAUUUAUUCAGAACGUUUGGGACGGUAUGUUUAUUCUUUGGCUAAGAAGCCAAGACAUGUUUUUUCUAGCUUCCAUUGCCAAACCCCGCUUCAUCUUUGCAGAAGAUAAUGAGACUGUAGGAAUGGAAAACUGCAUUUGAUUGGCUCUGAGCAAAAUUAUGCUGUAUCUGUGUUGUAUGUGAAUGUAAUCUGACACGUAAUUGCUUUUCUGAACACAAUUUCUGUCACAAAUAUGCAUU